AUGGCUUUUCAAAAACCGCCCGAUGCCUCCAGCGGCCCGAGGAAAAACCCCGGCUUGCUGGAGCUGGGAGCCCUGUGCUUGGAUUCGGAGAUCAUCUUCGGCUUCACCAGCCACCUCCUGCGCAGGAAGGGCUUCCAAGGAGAAGCCUCGAGGCAGACGGCAGGCAGCCCGUGCCGCGUGGAACCGGGCGGCUCUUUUGCCGGAUGCCGUGGCAGGAGCGAGCUUGCCGACCCACGAUUAUCAGCUUUAAUUUUCGACAAGCUUCAAGUGCCUGACUACUUACAGAAAAACAGGAAUGAAGGAGAGAGCCGGUGUGAAACCUGCGCCACUCACCUGAACCAGCUGAAGCAGGAGGCCUUGCAGAUGGUCCACGCGCUCAGCCAGGCCGGCCACGCCGAGGCGCCCGAGCCGGGUGCCGCCGCCGUCACCAGCAUGGUGCCCCGCAUGGUUGCCGUCUCGGUGCAGCUUGUGGCUGGGCCCGUGGGCAGGCAGCCUGGGAAGUCGCCGAAUCUCUUCUCUGGGAGCGAGAGGAAGAAGGGCCUGGGCUGGCCUCAAGGCGGGGGCAGUUUUCCCAACUCCAGCGUUCAAGUCACGGUGGCCCCCAGCGGUCUCAGCAGCGCCCUGAGCUCCGUGACCAUCCAGGCUCAGCAGUACCUUGAGGGCAUGUGGAGUAUUUCUAGGGUGAACAGCUUCCUGCCUCAGGCUUGUCUAGCAGAACCAGCACCAGAAAGUGGACGGGACAGUCCGAACGCGCAAGUCACCUCAGGGCAGAACAACUCGGAUGCAGCCGGGACAGGCGGCUCUCCGGCCUCGCAGAGUUUGGUCGCUCCUGCCGCGGUCUCCGCAGGUACCUCAGCUGCGGCUUCGUUCUUCAUAAGAGCAGCCCAGAAGCUUAACCUGUCUUCGAAGAGAAAGAAAUACCAUCCUCCCCUGCCACACACCCAUGACUUCUCCAUCUAUGGCUCUAACUUCAGUGGCAUCCUGCAGCUCUGCCCGCCCCCCGCACCACCAUGCCUUCUGAGAGCCGUGUCCAAAAUCAAGGACAACCCUGGCAUUGGAAAGGUGAAGGUGAUGGUGAGGAUCUGUCCCUCUCAAGGAGCACAUGAAACAUCUGAAUCCAUGUCCUUCCUAAAGGUAGACCCACGAAAAAAGCAAAUCACGCUCUACGAUCCAGCUACAAGUGGGCCUUCCAACAUAGGUCACAGGAGGGGCGUCGUGGCUGUCCCCAAGAUGUUCGCCUUUGAUGCAGUAUUCCCCCAGGAUGCUUCACAGGCAGAGGUCUGCUCUGGAACAGUAGCAGAAGUAAUCCAGUCUGUUGUGAAUGGUGCAGAUGGCUGCAUAUUUUGCUUUGGUCAUGUCAAGCUUGGAAAAUCUUACACCAUGAUUGGAAAAGAUAAUUCCACACAAAGCCUUGGUGUCAUUCCCUGUGCGAUUUCUUGGCUCUUCAAAUUAAUCAAUGAACGUAAAGAAAAAACUGGGACUCGUUUCUCUAUUAGAGUAUCUGCUGUGGAGAUCAGUGGCAAAGAUGAAAACCUUAAGGAUUUGUUAGCUGAAGUAGCCACUGGCAGCCUUCAGGAUGGCCAAUCUCCCGGGGUUUAUCUGAGAGAAGAUCCAAUAUGUGGAACCCAGCUCCAAAACCAAAGUGAGCUAAGAGCCCCGACAGCAGAGAAAGCUGCCUUUUUCCUUGACGCUGCAAUUGCUGCCAGAAGUACCAGCAAACCUGAAUGUGAGGAAGAAGACAGGAGGAAUUCACAUAUGCUCUUCACUCUCCACAUAUACCAGUAUCGCAUGGAGAAGAGUGGCAAAGGAGGAAUGUCUGGAGGACGCAGCCGCUUGCAUCUCAUUGAUCUAGGGAGCUGUGAAAAAGUGCUGAGCAAGACCCGAGAUGGAGGAGGCUCUCUCUGUUUGUCUCUCUCUGCCCUGGGCAAUGUAAUUUUGGCCUUAAUUAAUGGUGCUAAGCAUGUGCCAUAUAAGGACAACAAGUUGACAAUGUUGUUGAGGGAGUCACUUGGGAACAUCAACUGCAGAACAACCAUGAUUGCGCAUAUUUCUGACUCCCCAGCCAAUUAUGCAGAAACUCUCACAACCAUUCAGCUUGCAUCACGAAUCCACCGAAUGAGAAAGAAGAAAUCCAAGUAUGCAUCCAGCUCAUCUGGAGGAGAGAGUUCAUGUGAAGAAGGACAUGUCCGAAGACCACCCCAUUUGCGACCAUUUCACCCACGAACUGUUGCCCUUGACCCUGACCUUCCUGUCCUGAGCAUAUCCAGUGAUCCUGAUUAUUCUUCCAGCAGUGAACAGUCUUGUGAUACUGUCAUUUAUGUUGGUCCCAAUGGUGCAGCUUUGUCUGACAGGGAAUUGACAGAUAAUGAAGGUCCCCCAGAGUUUGUUCCCAUAAUCCCAUCCCUAAACAAAAAAAGAAGUAAAGACAAUUCUGCUAUUGGUAGAAGUUCUGACAAGGAUCAUUUUAAAUGCAACACUUUUGCUGAAUUGCAAGAACGGUUAGAGUGCAUUGACGGAAGUGAGGAACCCAUGAAAUUCGCUUGUGGAGAAAACUCUAUUGCAUCCAGUUGUAGUCCAGUCCCUGGAGGUACAGAGAAUGCACAGACUAAACUGAUAAAGGAGAAGAUAUCUUCUCCUUCUGGAGGACUUAGGAAACCAGUUCCACCGGAAACUGCAUCUUCAAAAAAAGGAUAUAAUCUUCCUUUCCAGGCUGUUAUGCCGAGGAAUGGCAAUUGUCAUGAAAAGAGCACACCCCACAUCAGAACAGAGCAUUCCAAGCAGCAGAGCAAAGCUGAUGGCAAAACAAUAGACUCAGCACUGGAGGGAGAACAGGAGAGAGAGACAAUCACAGAUUCUCCAAAGUCCUCAAGGUGCAACUCUUCAAGGAAUCACGAGCAGAAUAAAUCCACAGCUGAACCGGUCAUUAAAGAAAAGUCCUCAUAUGUGAAGAGACCCUUGCCGAGCCCAGCACCCCCUCCUCCACAGCAGAAGGAGCAAGUGCUGAGCUCCAAGGCCGAGAAUUCAGAGUUGGACAAUAGCAAUGCAGUUCGGGCUCCUCCCGUGGGGAUGAGCAAGCAGAUGGCUAACAAACCAGAGCAAAACCCAACGGGAAGCACGUUUCUGGUUGGUGGCAACACCCAGAAUCAGUCGGGUGCUAUAGAGGUACACAGCUUCCGGUCAGCAUUCAGAGGGAAAUGCUUUGAUCGGGAUAUAUUAACCACCACGGUGACUUUGCAGCAGCCUGUUGAGCUGAAUGGAGAGGAUGAGCUUGUUUUCACGGUGGUGGAAGAGCUAUCCAUUAGUGGGAUUUUAGAUAAUGGAAGACCUUCCAGUAUCAUUAGUUUUAACAGCGACUGCUCCCUUCAGGCCCUUGCUUCAGGCUCCAGGCCAGUUAGUAUUAUCAGCAGCAUAAAUGAUGAGUUUGAUGCUUAUACCUCACAGGAAAGUUCUACUGGUGUAAAUAUUGAUAUUGUUGUGCCCUUUGCUAAGGAUCCUUUUACCAGCAGCAGACGCUCCUCCAUCAGUUCAUGGCUUAGCGAAGUCAGCAUCUGUACAAUUGAAAGUGAUGGAGCACAUUCUAGUGACAGUUUUGUUGCACAGUCAUCUUACAGCUGUAAUAAGUCUGAGGAACUAUUCAACUUGGAUUCACCUAAUGUACCCGUACCACUGAAAAGUGCUCUGAAUGACAGUGGGUUUUGCUUCUCUGAGAUAGAGAGUGAGAGCAUGAGUUCCAGCAAGCUGUCCUCAGGCAUCAGCAAAAGCCCCCAAACCCCAGAAACUACCAAAGCAUCUCAGAUAAAAAGUGCUUUUUGUGUCACUGAUCAGCCCAUAAGAAUAAAAUCUAUUAAUUCUCGAGAUACACCUGUGAUAGAAACUAUACAUUCUAGUCUUCCUAGGAAAACAAAAACUACCUCGUCUGCAAUCCACCAUAAUACUGUCCUCAGCUAUAAAGAGCUGCAGAAUCCACAUUGUAUAUUUGAAGAUCCUUGGCUCUUGCGCACGGAUAAUCAGUUGGAAACAAACCCUGCAGACUCAGUGCUGUCUCCAAAAUCUCACACAUUUGGUACUGAUAGGCAGCCAGGAAAAGCUGCCCAGUAUUUCAGUGCAGCAUCCAGGCCGACUAAGUCGCAGACUAUGCUAGCCUGUUCUCAGAGAGUUGUGGAUGGUUGCGAAAUGGCCUGCAAAUCUUCCAGUGGAGCUCCAAAGAAGUCAGAAACUCCGAUGAAGAUGCCCCAGCUGAAGAGAGGAGCCACCACGCUGGGUGUGAUGCCAGUAUCACACACUAACAGUACCUUCUCAGAGGCUACGACCAGAGGGAAUGUGGAUGCUCCCAUGGCAGCUGGCAGCUUGAAAUCGUCACUGGGAAAGAAAAGCACCCCUCAGAAAUCAAGCCUGCUACCUAAGCCAGGGGGGCCAACACCUCCAACACCUCCUGUACGCAAAUCGAGCCUGGAGCAGAAACCAGUUGGUCUGGGUAAUGGUGGGGGUAAAGCUGCAGGCCUGGACUUUGCCAGAGCUGCCACGCCAAAGGCUGAAGAUGAAGCAGAUUGGCGGUUAAAAGCUGGAUCUUGUGCUACUGAAAGUGCCAGCAGUAAACUGAACCUGAAGGGUGACCACUCUUUGCCUAAGAUGACCUCAAGUUUGAAGACAAAAGCAUCAAAGAGCGAAGCCGUCCACCGCUACGGGAGUCACAUGUCCUUGGAACGGUGCGACAGCCUCACAUCAGUAGGGUCCAAAGCAAACAUGGCAAGGGAAAACGUGAGUGCUAAUAACAGCAGGGCAGGGCGCUCUGUCCCGAGGCUGGGGGUCCCUCCUGUUGCCUCUAGUGUGACCUUACCACAGUCCUUCACUACCCCUAUGCCCUGUAAGAACAGCCAGGCCAAAAGCACAACCAACCCGAAGGUCCAAACCAAUGGAAAUAAAAACCGGAACCUCUCUACCAGUGGCUCAAAGUCCCUCAGUUCCUCAGUCAAGUCCUUGACACAGCCCGUUGGGAAGGGCUCAAGUGUGGCCCCGAGCAGCAAGGCGGCCCCCCGCUCUGUGCAGGCGGUCAGCAGCAAACCCGGCCGAGGCACCAUUAUGGGGACCAAGCAGGCCAUGAGGGCGGCCAACAGCCGCGUGAACGAGCUGGUGUCGGGCGGCUCUGCCAAGAUGGGGCAUUUCCGAGGCUCCACAGACUCCGACAGCGGCAACGACAGCGGCAUCAACCUCAGCGACGAGAAGUCGCCGCUCCCGGUGCUGCCGUCUCCUUACAGCAAGAUAACGGCGCCCCGGAGGCCUCAGCGGUACAGCAGCGGCCACGGCAGCGACAGGGGCAGCAGCGGCUACGAGAGCAUGAUUCGGGACAGCGAAGCGACGGGCAGCGCCUCCUCGGCACACGACUCCAUGAGCGAGAGCGGCAUGUCGUCACCGGGCCGCAUGAGGAGCCUGAAGUCCCCCAAGAAGAGAUCAACAGGUCUCCAGCGUCGUAGACUGAUUCCUGCUCCGCUGCCGGAUGCUGCUUCCCUUGGUAGAAAACCCAGUGUCACUGGCCAAUGGGUUGAUCUACCACCUUUGCCAGGCACUUUAAAAGAGCCAUUUGAAAUUAAAGUUUAUGAGAUUGAUGAUGUGGAACGAUUGCAGCGACACAGACAAGAGGAAACUGAGGGGCUGAUGUAUUUCCAUACAAAGCUGAAGAUACUAGAAAGGCGCCAGCAACGAAUCAGAGAAGUAAAGGCAAAGCAUGAACUUUUGAAGGAAGAGUUGGAGGAGACGAAGUGCAGGUUGAUGAUGGAUCCAAAUAAGUGGAAAGAAGACUUUGAAGUGGAUCCUGAUCUCGAUAAGGAGUCGCAGGAGUACCUGGAGGCACUGGAACAAGUGACAGAGGAACUGGAGCAGUGUGUUAAUCUGUGCAAGUCGCACAUCAUGAUAGUGACGUGUUUUGAUAUUGGAAUGAUAACAGAUGCGCAAGAUGGAGUAAGGGAAGUGGAGGUUUGAAGAGAGAUUUUCAAGGGACCGAAGGAAGUGAAGCUGAAUCGUCCGAUAUGAGGAAGAAAAGAGAGUACGGAGCUAGAAAGUGAAGGAGGAAACGUGAAGACUAAAAAGCAACAAUGAAUGUUGUAGGAGAAUGAAACAGCUGAGGGAUGGGAAUGUUCAUAAAUCAUUUGGUGCCUCAACGUGACCUGAACUGUACAAAGAUAAAAGGAACAGAUACUGCUUCUAACAGAGGGAAGCGAAGAAAUUGAGAACAAGCCAAGACUUUUAAAAACAAACAAACAAACAAUGGAAGUGCCUUUAAAGUUCAUUUGAUUUUCAUUUUUGUAUUUGGUGCUAGAAUUAAAGCCAGCAAACCUAAGCAGACCACAAAAUGUAUUCCUAUGAAAUAUUUUAUACUGUAUAGUGUAUUUAUGACUAUAUGUAAAAAACAAACAACAUUGUAGCAAAAGCAAUAAGUAAAUUAUGUUUUCAUACCUGAACUUGCCUUCUUGUUUCAUAGAAAAGCUGUUUUAUGUAGCAGAUUAUAACUGUAUUAUAAUUGUUUUCUUGGUUAGGAUUCAAGAUAUUUUUAUGAACAUUUAUCUAUUGAAAAGUUGUAUUAUGGCAUUUUGAGACGAUUCUUUUACCUUCAGGUUUUGUAUUAUUACUUUUUCAGAUCAAAAUAAAUGUUUGUUUUCCAUUUUAUAUAUACAUAUAUAGAUAUAUAUUAACUGCUUACCUACUUCUUUGGUUACUAACCUCACUUAUCACAGACCUGGUCUUUUUGGAGUCAUUAACUUAAUGUGAGGAAGUCUACAAAGGGCACUGUGCUUUGUUUUGUUUUGUUUUCCUCUCUGACUGCAGGAAUUGAGAAUUGCGUUUAUUACCAAAACCAUAAAACAAGCAAAAAAAGAAACAAAAAGUUUUUGUAAAUGUUAAGUUAGGUCCAUAUUUUUAUAUAGUUUUGACUAUAAAUAUAGCAUUUGCAUUUUGAACUUUUAAGACAAAUAGUAUAUCUUUUUACAGUUUUUCUAAGGAAGGCAAACCCUCAGGAUCAAGUUUAUACAUGCUGCAUGAGAUUUGUGCUUUUUUGAAGGAGGCCACUUAAGUGUGGAACUAUUGAUAAAUUGUUGCCAAAUGGAUACUUUUGAAAAGGUUUGAUAGUGUAUGUAAUACCACAUUUCAUAAUGAAUCAUAUUUUCUGAUCAUCUUCCUUUUUAUGGUUUUUUCAAAUCCUUUGUACAAAUAUGUAUUAUAACAGCUUGCUUCAGUUUUUAUCUGUGAAUAAAAGAUACAUCUAUUGUUA